GUGGCAGCAGCGCUGCCGUGCUUUGGCAGCGAAGUGCCAGGAGCUCGUUGCUCUCAUCGAGGACAGGCUGGCCACCCUUCCCAAAGGGAGCUAUGCAGAGGAGCUUGCUGCCGCGCUGACAAAACCCUGGCAGCCACGAGUUGCUGCCCUUCGCAGGUUGCUGGACACAGUCGACGGAGCUGUGGAGGAGCAGGAUCGCUUGCGAGCUGGUCUCGCUGAAGCCUGCGCAGCCCUAGGCCUGGAUCCCUCAGACGUGGCGGGCAUGAGCCCCGAGGAGCUCAAGGCCGAGGCCGCGCGGCGGGAGCGGGACCUCAAGCAGCGGUACGAGGAGACGCUGCGGGCCAUGGGUCUCAACCCCGAAGAUUUUCCCUUGGAUGGCGACCUGGCCUCGAUGGCAGCGAAGCUGAAGGACAUGGAGGCGAAGCUCGCAACACUAAGAGACUCCACCUUCGAGAAUGCGCAGCGUGCCAAAGAGAUUUGGGAG